AUGGAAGCAGAAAACCACACAGAACUAUCAGAAUUCCUCCUCCUGGGCCUCUCAGAGGAUCCUGAACUUCAGCCACUUCUCUUUGGACUGUUCCUGUCCAUGUACCUGGUCACUGUGCUUGGGAACCUACUUAUAAUCCUGGUUGUCAGCUCUGACUCCCACCUCCACACCCCCAUGUAUUUCUUCCUCUCCAAACUGUCCUUUGUUGACAUUUGUUUCACCACCAGCAUAGUCCCCAGGAUGCUGGUGAACAUCCAGGUACACAACAAAGGCAUCUCCUACACAGGGUGCCUCACUCAGAUGUAUUUUAUUAUGAUCUUAUCUGGACUGGAUAAUUUCCUUCUGACUGUGAUGGCCUAUGACAGAUAUGUGGCCAUCUGCCACCCCCUGCACUACACAGUCAUCAUGAACCCCAGCCUCUGCAUGCUGUUGGUUCUGAUGUCUUGGUUCAUCGUUUUCUGGGUAGCCCUGGUUCACAUUCUACUGAUGAUUAGACUGACC